AUGGGUGAUGGUCCCUGCGGUUCUAAUACCGAGUUAUAUUUUGACUUUCAUAAUGAGCAAGAAUUACCAAAAAAUAUUGAAGAAUUAGACAAUAAGCGGUUUAUUGAGAUUUGUAAUAUUGUUUUCCCUGAGUUUUAUCAUAAAGGGGAAGAAUAUCUGCCUUUGGCCGAAAAAUGUGUCGAUACGGGCGGACAUGAAUUAAAAGACCUCCAUAUGGGAGUAGUGAUUUCCAAUAAUCGCCAAAAUCAAGCUAGUCCGGUAAUAAUUAUUCUUCCGUUAACUUCCUUAAAAGAAGGAGAUAAAAUUUAUUCCUUUGAAGUAGAAACUUUUAUUAACAAUAAGGCUGGCAAAAUCUUAAUCGACCAAAUUACUACUACUGAUAAAGUAAAAAGAGUGGGACAAUUUGUCGGUCAGUUGGAUGAAAAAAUGCUGAUAAAAAUUGAACGAGCCAUUUUUUAUGUGCUGGCUAUCUCGACCGAAGCACUAGCGGAAGAGUAG